AUGGCUGUCCUCGAGCCCUACAAAGGUGGCUACUACCUCUGGAAUUAUGUGCCAUCGAUUGCCGCGGCAGUCAUCUUCAUUUCCCUCUUCCUCGUCAUCACCGCGCUUUUAUCAUGGCGUAUGUUCAAGACCAAAACUUGGUUCUGCGUACCAUUCGCUUUCGGCGGUUUUUUUGAGUUCGCCGGAUAUUGCGCUCGAGCAUCAGCUUACAGCAAGACGGGUCGCGUCAUACCGUACUCUGUCCAGAGCGUCUUCAUACUUCUCGGCCCAGCCCUUUUCGCUGCCUCGAUCUACAUGUGUCUUAGUCGCAUUAUCCGUGGCGUUCGCGGGGAUCAUCACGCUUUGAUCAAACCAAGCCGGCUCACGAAGACUUUUGUUACUGGAGACGUUCUCUCGUUCGUCGUGCAGGGCGGCGCAACAGGUCUGAUGGUCACCGGCAACAACGUCAAGACUGGCGAAGUGACGGCAGUCCUGUUCCAGAGGCGCAUUGAACGUAGCCCUACGCCAGAAUCCUGCAGCUCUGCUCUGCCGUGGCAGAAGAGUAUGCGCAUGCUCUACAUCGUCAGCGCUCUGAUCAUGGUCCGUUCGAUUUUUCGCGUUGCCGAAUACGCGAUGGGUAAUAACGGGUACCUGUUGAAGCACGAGUGGACAUUGUAUAUCUUCGACUCGACUCUCAUGUUCAUUGUUAUGGUCGUUUACUUUCUUUGGUACCCAACUUGGAUCACUUCCGACAAGCUGGAGUAUCAGAGUUAUGGGGUCUGA